AUAACCGCGAUUAGAAGAGCAAGCCACGGCGAUGUCGAUCGCGGCGCAAGACGAAAUCACGUUCCCGAUAUUCUCUAUCUAAAUAAUUUUUUAACGUCGUCCUUCCUCUCUUUCUUUCUUCUUUUUCUUUCUUCUUUGUUCUUUUCGUCGUCGGCGCAACAAGGCGAACAAGGAGAGAAAAAUGGACGAGGGCCACCGAAAUCCAGCGUUCGUCGAGGACGAAACGGAGAAAGGGAAGUCUUCUAGCGAAGAGGAACUAAGGGGAUCGAUCUCAAGAUGUUCAGAAACAACGAAAGGAACGGAAGAAGUGAGAAGCAAGUGGAACAACGAGAUAGAAUUCUUAAUGUCCUGCAUCGCGAUGUCGAUAGGUUUCGGUAAUAUUUGGAGGUUCCCCUUCACUGCCUACGAAAACGGCGGCGGUGCAUUCUUGAUACCGUACAUCAUCGUCCUGUUUCUCGUUGGAAAGCCGUUUUACUACCUGGAGAUGAUCAUCGGCCAAUUCUCCUCGUCCUCGUCGAUCAAGGUGUGGAACAUUUCGCCUGCGUUUAGUGGCGUUGGAUGGUCCCAGUUCUGCUCGACCGUGGCGUUAAUGACGUAUUACAGUUCGCUGAUGUCCCUGACACUUUUCUUUCUCGUCGCGUCUUUCUCGUCUGAAUUGCCGUGGGCAAAGUGCAGAGACGAAUGGUCUGACUAUUGUAUCGAUUCCAGCCAAACGGCCGGUAGUGAAACGAUAAACGCCAGCACGUUCCUCGAAUUGUUCGACAAGAGAGAACGCAAGAGUUCCGCGGAGCUCUACUUUCUAAAAGUGGUGCUUCAGGAGAAAGACAGCAUCGACGAUGGGAUUGGACUGCCAGACUGGAAGUUAACGUUGUGCCUCCUCGUCAGUUGGUCAUCCGUUGUUUUGAUCACGUUCCAGGGCGUAAAAAGUUCCGGCAAAUUCUCCUAUUUCCUCGCAAUUUUCCCAUACAUUGUCCUGCUGGCUCUCCUCAUCAGAGCAGUGACCCUGGAAGGUGCUGCGACUGGGAUCCUCUUCUUCAUCACCCCGGAAUGGUCGAAACUUUUGGAACCAACUGUUUGGUACGCGGCUGUCACCCAGUGUUUCUUCUCGCUCUCGGUCUGUUUCGGUUCUAUCAUCACCUACUCGUCGCACAAUGACUUCAGACACAACAUAUACAGGGAUGCGUUCAUUGUGACUAGUCUCGACACUAUAACGAGUCUCAUAGCCGGCUGCACGAUCUUCGGGAUUUUGGGGAAUCUCGCCCACGAAAUGAACUUGACGGAUAUUAACAAAGUGGUUACAUCCGGAGCUAGUCUGGCGUUCAUCUCUUACCCCGAUGCCAUUGCGAAGUUCACCUUCGUGCCUCAAUUAUUCGCAGUGCUGUUCUUCGUGAUGAUGUUCGUCCUCGGCGUGGGCAGCAUCGUGGGAAUGGUUUCAGGGUUAGUGACCGCCUUGAAAGAGAAGCUGCCGAACGUGAAGAUGUGGCAAAUCGUGGUUUCCGUCUGUUCAGUAGGAUUCGCUGUUAGCACUGUUUAUGUCACUCCUGGUGGACAAUUUUUGUUGACGUUGGUCGAUUACUAUGGCACGUCGUUCGUCGUGUUCAUUCUGGCUUCAUUCGAGAUCACUGCCGUGACCUGGGUAUACGGUAUAGAAAAUUUCCUAGACGACAUCGAGUUCAUGCUGGACAGGAAAACAAGCAGUUUUUGGAGAAUCUGUUGGUUCCUGAUAACGCCGUUGAUUUUGAUAACGAUAUUCUUUUACACUGUCGCCACCCUUUCCCCGUUGACCUACGGUGACAAAACGUAUCCGGCCACGGCACACGCGGCUGGUGUUGUCAUACUUUGCUUCAGCGUUUUCCAAAUACCAUUCUGGAUGAUCGUGGAAAUGCUGAAGAACAGGAAGUUGCCGCUGUUACAGAAUUUGAAGAAAUCUUUCGAGCCGACGACGCGAUGGGGGCCCAGAGAAGUCGAGCACAGAAAGGAUUGGCUACGCUUCAGAGAGGAGAAUUUGAAAGAGAGAAACGCCAGGAUGGAACCUAAAUGGCUUCAAUUGAUACACACUUUGAUUCGUAAAGACCACAAGAAAGAUUAAAGAGGCUCUCGUUACGAGCGGUAGUUUUAGACUGUCGUGUGUUUCUGCAUUUUUAAGACAUUCUUUUGAAACGUGUAAAAGAUGCAGAUGGAGUGCAUUUGAUAUAUGAAAUAUGCAGAGCGAAGUGUACCUGUUGUAACAUUUAACAAGUGGGACUAAAAACUUCUCCAAGUUGUUGUUAUUGUCCGUAGAAAUACAAAUUUGCACAAACA